GGGGACAAUUUGACAAUGGUGAAAGAGGACAAUUUGACAAACUACCGGGGAAAUUCUGCCGGUAAGGCUCCGACAUACACGGGUGAUAAAAACAAAACGAAGAUGGCGACCAAAAACAAGAAAUGGGUUCGUCUAGCCACUGUCCUCGCCUACAUUCUCGCGGUGUCGCUGGCGGCUAUAGUUUUGGCGAUAUACUACAGUGUGCUCUGGAAACCCGAUCUGCAGGAGACCAACGGUACUAGAGUGGACGCAUCAAGUAAUACCCCAAGCACUGCCCCUCCUGGCAUUUCUUUGGGUUCCACUGAAGCCGCCCCCACUCCAAGCACCGUCAGUAAUGUGAAUAGUGGAUCAGCAGGGAACACACCAAAUAAUACAUUAGCAGGAACUGGGUGACGUUAGCACAACUCUCCAUAUACCUAUGGUCCAUCAAUCAAUGUUAACACAAGGCCUGGCUGGGGGAAGGUUGAAAGUUGGACACAGCAUAACUUGCAGCCAAAGUGCAAUAUUAUUUAUUAAGUGUGGUAUAUAUAUUACAGAUAUAAAAAGAAAGUCAAUGGACUAAUUUAUUUAAUUUACUUUUAUAUGUAUUGUUUGAUAUAAUGUGGUUUGUUGUGUGUAAUACAGACAGGGAAGUUGUCAGCUGUCAAAUCAUCAUGAAAUUGAAUUCUCAUUUUUGAUUUCUUUAUGUGCUUUUUAUUUGGUGUUUCACAUCUUGGAGUUCAGAUAAUACUCUUCUUAUUUCACUUUUAGUUUUUUAAACUACUUAAUCCUACUUAAAAGAAUUUUGUUGUAAGCCCCAAUGUUAAAGGGGCAACAAACAUGGAGGGUUUAGUAUUAUCCCAAACUACGUCUCUUACAGUGGUUUGUGUAAUGGACCAGUUUCAGUUUUGCAUGUAUUAGAUUUAUUUUUUGUGAAAAUAAGGGUGGAGAAAAAAAUUACUUUGAAAGAUAACACUUUGUAAUCACUGCCUUGUGAAAUGGCAGGAUAAGUAGACAUUCCCAAUUAGGAGUCGGGAGCAGAGGCAAGUUUAACUUAAAACAACUUAACUUUUAGACCUAACAUUUUGGUCUUCUUCAAUUCAGGAUAAAUUUGUAGUAGUCCACUGAAGUUAGUUAACAACAAUAAUCAUUUAAAACGUUUUUUCUUUAUAUAGAAAACAAGCAUAAUAUGUCAUUGAAGUAUAUCACUUAUGAUUCCUCUUGUGCCAGAAAGGUAAAAAGAACUGUGGUGUUACAGAUAAGACCACUUUCGUUCUUAAGCACCCAGUACCUUGAGCCCUUGUUCUCUCACACUUGCUACAAGGAGAUAAGCCUGUCAUUAUAGUGUUAUCAGGGAUCCUUUAAAUUGGUCUUUAUCCCAUCCUAUUGAUAAAUAAAAAGGUCAGUCAUUUUGAUAUGCAGGGUGCUUUUUAUUUAAAUAUAUGUAUGUUGUUUAAUAGUAUUUAAGGUGCUUGUUCAAUUUUUCACGUUGUUUGUAAUACUAUAAUAAAACUAUCUUGUCUGAUAUAAUCUAAAUCAAAAGCGGUGCUGAACAUUUUAAUUGCUUAAACUGAGUGUUGAUGUAUGAAUUUAUUUAUGUUCAUAAUGUGAUAUUUGUUAGAUAUUUUGUAUGGCCUAUAGUACUGUUGUCUUUUUUUCUGUAUUUUGCCUCUCAGUUGAUGUUUUUUGGCUUUUGUGUCAUGGCAGUACUAAUUUAUUUAACCAACAUGCAUUUCCCCAUUUUUUUUUUUAGAAAAAAAAUUACUGAAGCAGAAAAAUAUUUUAAGAAAUCAUGGAUUCAGUAUAUACAGAUGAUAGUAAUUUGGUUAGAAAAUAUAAACUGUAAUUCAUUUUGAUGUGAAAUGGCUUGUUGCAUGCAUGAAACAUAGUGCGUGGUGCAAGAGCACUGAAGACUGGCACUUAAGACAAAAAACUAGAGUUAUUGCCAUGUUGCACACAAAGACUGGCCUAAUUUACUGCAUGAAUUUGACUCCCCAGUUGCAGAAGUUCCAAGGUUUUCAAUCUGUUGACAUAAAGUGUGCAUUUCUUCCUGCCAGCUAGUCUAGUCACCUUUGAAUUUAAGAAUAACGUCAUAUAUCCUGGAUGAAUGACCAUUGCGUGCAUUUUAAAUGAGAAUUAUGAAUCUCGAUUUUGUAUAGUGUUUUGUA